CUGGUUGGGUGUGUCCUCUUGAGCUGCAACGACAGGGUUUCCAUCUUCUGAAAUUCCGUUACGAUUUCGAUAAGAGAGAGAAAGAGAGAAAGAGAGAGAGACAGAUUCUUUGAAAAUGGAUGAACCUUUCUUCGAUCUGGUUGAGUUCAUGAAGAAUCCCUCCAUAACGGAGACAUUCGUCGACAUACUGCUAUGCGCGGUGCCGAUUUGGCUCGCCGUCAUGAUUGGCCUUGUCAUCGGGUGGUCCUGGCGCCCGCGAUGGACUGGCCUCGUCUUCCUCGGCCUCCGCAGCAAGUUCCGUUUCCUCUGGACGGCUCCGCCGGGAUUCGGUGCCCGCCGACUCUGGUUCGCCUUCACCGCACUUUCCGCCUUCUCCAUCUGCCGUACCUAUUGGUUCAAUCUCAAAGGCAAAGCCAAAGCCAAAGAGCAACAGCAGGAGCAGCAUCCUUCCAAAUCCGACGACAUUGCUGAAUCCAAUUCCCCCAACCCUGCCAGAGAUACUUCGAGGUCCAGUGAUAAGGCUGAUGAUAAAGGGCAGGAUCUUGUUACACAAGCUGAUUUGGAACAUUUUCUUCAUCUUCUAGAAGGGAAUGAUGGAGAGAUGGACUGGCAAAGUUUUAUGGAAAAGACAACACCAACCAUGCAAUACCAAGCUUGGCGUCAUGAUCCUGAGAACGGUCCUACAAUUUACCGGAGCAGAACUGUCUUUGAAGAUGCAACCCCAGAGCUGGUGAGGGAUUUUUUCUGGGAUGAUGACUUUCGUCGUAAAUGGGAUACUAUGCUUGCAUACUGCAAAGUAUUGGAGGAAUGCCCUCAUAAUGGAACAAUGGUUACUCACUGGAUUAAAAAGUUCCCAUUUUUCUGCAGCGAUCGAGAAUACGUUAUUGCUCGAAGAAUAUGGCAGGCUGGAAAUACAUACUAUUGUGUGACAAAGGGAGUGCCCUAUGCAAGUUUGCCAAAACGUGACAAGCCCAGACGCGUAGACCUUUAUUUUUCUAGUUGGGCAAUCAAAUCAGUGGAGUCUCGCAAAGGAGAUGGUCAGCUGACUGCAUGCGAGGUUACCCUCUUACAUUUUGAAGACAUGGGAAUCCCUAAAGAUGUUGCAAAGUUGGGAGUCCGUCAUGGGAUGUGGGGAGCCGUCAAGAAAUUGCACUCUGGAAUGAGAGCAUACCAGAAUACUAGGAAAACAGACACUUCUCUGUCAAGAUGUGCACUGAUGGCAAGUAAAACAACCAAGAUAUCUUCAGAAACAAACAUGCAUUGCUCGGUGCCUGCGUCAUGCAGAGAAGAGGAAGUGAAGAGUAUAAUUAAUAAUGGUAGACAAAAGGGUCAUGGUAUCGACUGGAAGUGGCUGGCUAUAGGUGGGACUGUUGCUCUGGUUUUGGGUGUUCACAAUGGUCCAGUUGGCAGAGCUUUGUUGUUGGGUGCAGGGCACAGAUUUGCACGGAGAUGAAUAAUCCAGAUUCUGGUGGAGCUUCUAUUUAUCUUCCUUCUGAAGAUUAAUCACAUUAUAUUUAGACUGGCAUAUUUAUCCUAUUAUAUUAAAUGCUAGUUUUGUGGUUAUUUUUUGUACCAGUUUCAACCUUGUUAGGUUCAUGUGGCUCUAGAGCCUGAGAAUGCAAAGCUGCGAUAGUAUGUCUUGGUUUUAUUAUUAAUUAUUAUAAUUGAAAAAAAAAAAAGAAGAUAAUCCACUUGAGAGCGUUAUUAUCAAA